CACGCUUGAGUAUGGGCAACGGGGCGCAUGUAUGACUCUGCAAGAUGGUGCACCCUCCCAGCCAAGUUCCCGUCUUUCUGAUUCUUUCUCAUGUUCUCAUUGGAGAUGCCGUCGAAAGUUUAUUCAUGACUGAUAUAACGCAUCUUGUAUGCCUCUCAUUUCUGCUUCUGUAUUGACUUCUAAACGCUCAGGACUAUCGACCAUCUCCAAACAGCAGUAUAUACUUCAGAGAAUACUUCACAACCACGACAAGACCAUCAAAGACAAUUCCAAGAAACGGCCACAAUGCCUUCAACACCAUCAGUUAACAGCGCGGCAGCUGCCCGAGCCUCGAACACAUUCGCACUUGUGUUCCUGAUGCUCAUGGUCUUCACAUUGACCUUUGGCGCCUCCAUGGUGCAGGUUUCCAUCCAAGGCUACCUGCGACAGGUCGUCUGCCGACAACAGUACGGCCUACCCGAGAAAACUCCCAUCGAGAACGGUCUAUGUCACACCGACGCCGUAGACAAGCAGCUCGAGUGGGUCGAAGUCGUCGCCCAGGUCUGCCAGUCCGCCGGCGGCCUCCUAUCCGCCUAUCCCCUGGGCAAACGGUCCGACACCAAGGGCCGGCGCGGGGCUUUCAUCUCGGGCGCCUGCCUCUGGGGCCUCUUCUCGGGUAUCCUCGUCACGUCCGUUCAGAUCUCAUCAUGGGGCGUCAUCUGGUUCCUCUUCUUCGCCAUCGGCGCCGGAAAGACGUGCGUCGAGGUCGCCGUCUUGGCCAUGACGAGCGACACCACAGACGACCGCCAGCGCUCGAAACACUUCGGCCUCGUGAUCUCCUCCGCCCUGACUGGACUCGUGGUCUCGAAUGUCAUCCACAGGUAUGCCCCGCCAAUGGCCCUCGAAAUCGCGGCCCUCAUCGGCUGUGUCGCCUUCUGCGUUGGCACCAACUUUAUCGUGGCGUUUCCCGAGCUUCUAUACGCGCAGCACGAGGCCUUCAGAGGCGAGCCGUCCCCAGAAAUCUUCCCAGCAAACCAGGCCGCGGUCCGACCUCUUCACCGCGUCGUCUCCACCCUGAUAACCUACCGCGCCCUGCCCCUCCUCGCCAUCCUCAGCCUCGUCCUCACCUUGGCGAGAACGGUGCCCUCCUCCCUCGACUUCUACUUCGCCGCCAGGUAUAACCCGCACGGGGGCCUCGAGGGACACCCCUACUCGACAUAUCGCGGCGGCGUCGUGUCCUACUGGACUCCCCUCGUCGGAAUCAUCCUCAUCACCUGCCUCCUCCUCCCCUCAAUCUACUGCUGCCCCAACCGCCGACGGGUCUCAGGCGACCGCAUCGCGCUCCGGGACUACGGCCACCUCCUCGUCGCAACGGGCCUAGUAGUCCUCACCAGCGCCACAGCCCUAUACAGAAACCAACUCGUCUUCCUCGUCGGCAUGGUCUCCGCAACGGCCAUCGCGACGACAAUCCCGGGCCAAUGCUACGCCCUGAUGCUGUACGGGCUCGGCGUCGCCGUGCGCGCAAAGUACGCCGGCCGGCUCUUCGGCCUCGCCGCGACGGCGCAGUGCGCGACGACGCUGGUCCUCGGCCCGGCGAUCGGUCUCGCCACGCGGGAAUCGCACUGGAGCGGCGUGGCGGUGGCGGUGGUCUUUGUCGCUUCGGCUGUCUUCUUUGUGGCCGUGUGGGCCGCCGAGGCGGUUUGUGCGGCUCCGAUGUAUGAGCGGCCCGGCGCCGGGGGUGGUGUCGAGGCUGGGAUCGAGCUUUUGGAUGUGGGAGGGCUUGCGGCGCCUCCUCCGGUGUAUGCGGCUCACCAGGAGGAACGCCCUGCUCCGAUGCCGAUGCCGAUAAUACGUUCAAUUUCGCCAAGGUACGGAGAAGAAUGACGUCUCGUUUCUUAGUCGGUGUGGAAGCAUCACACUGUUGAGGGGUUCAUUGGGGAAAGUGUGUAAAGUGGUCUUCUUGAGGCCUCUAUCGUGCGGCUUUUGCAACGUAUGCCGCUUCAUCUACUUUGUUGUUCGACUUCGAUACAGGAGUAGUCAAUUGUACGUGAGGCACGAUAGUUGGUGGGAGAGAUCGUGAGAUAACCGUCAUUAUUUGCGAAGCAUCGGAGGUGUUGUUCAGUGAGCUUUGGAGUUGCGGCGCGACCGAAGU